UGCAGAUUCAUGCGCCUAUUAUGCUUCAUGACGUACUUUUUGUUGAUUGUGAAUGCACGCAUACUAGGCACUGCUAGGCACGGCAGUUAAUGUAUGAAACUUGACGUGAUUAACGUUAAAGGAAGAAGAAAUUUGUGUUUUUGUGCCCAAGUAUUUUUUUUUUCCAGUCUUAACGUUAAUAUCAUCAAGAGUAUAAUUGUCGCGGUAAUCAUUAUGGAUCAAGAGGAUGUUUUAACGAUACUGAAGAUUCUUAUAAUAGGUGAAUCUAACGUUGGAAAAUCGAGCAUACUCCUCAGGUUCACAGAGGAUGAAUUCUGCGAGAAUAUGCAAAGCACAGUCGGAAUGGAUUACAAAACCAAACAGAUAACUCUCGAUGGCAAUACAGUGAAACUCGCGAUUUGGGAUACUGCAGGCCAAGAACGAUUUCGUACUUUAACACCAAGUUACUACAGAGAUGGCCAGGGUGCUAUUUUAAUGUACGAUGUUACGGAUCGAAACACAUUUGUAAAAUUGGAGACAUGGCUCAAUGAAUUGAAUACAUACUGCAAUAGAACGGAUAUUGUCAAGAUGGUAGUAGGUAAUAAAAUAGAUCUGCCAAAUAGGGAAGUGAGCACUGAGGAAGGUCUGCAGUUUGCCAGAAGACAUCAGACUCUAUACAUCGAGAGUAGUGCAAAAACAGCUGAUGGAGUAAAAUGCUGCUUUGAAGAACUUGUACAAAAGAUAAUACAGACACCUGGUCUUUGGGAUACUCACUCUACACGAUUAUACGAUAACGGCACCAUGAGUGCUUCAAGGUAUCGAGUCGGAAAAAGAGGAAUGCAGUUAGCCAACGACUAUCAAUCUCGAUCACCCACUGAGCAACCAUUAUCAAAUUGUUAUUGCAGUUUAUUGUAAUCGUGGUAUUAUGAGAAAGUGCAUGCACAAGUUUACAACAAAUGUAUGCACAAUAUGUUAAGGUUGAGACUCUACACACAAAAAAAAAUAAAUAAAUUCCGAGAAGCAACGCGGGAGAGAUCACGUACAAUAUAUCAUCACUUCAUACGCGCUAUGCACUCGGAUCUUACAAAACUUAUUAGGAAAUAAUUUUGUAAGAUGCAUGUAUCCACUUAUAUCACAUACACACAUUAACUAUAAUUGGAAACUAAGUCUUGAAUCUGGUAUAAAUAUUUAUGGCGCAAAAGAUUUAAUGAAAUUUUGUGUUGGUGUAAACACAAUUAAUGUAUAUUGAAGAAAUAAUUUUAGAUAUUGAAUGAUACAUUUCUAUAAACCAUAAAUAUUCUGUUCACAUUUUUUUACAAGUAAAAUUCGACAAUUUUUAUAAUCUUCAGUUAUAUGUAUCAUUUUACAUUGUGCACAAUAUUUGCGCUUGAUGCAUAUUAUUGUUGUUACAUCUGAAAAAUGUGUAUUAUACUGUAAAAAUGUACCUAGGAAUCCUGCUUUGUUACUAUGUUUAUAUUGUGCUAAUUUUUAGAUUCUAUAAUCUCAUUAGGAAUAUAUGCUGUGCCGAAAAAAUGGGGAGUAUAUAUUUCACAGAGAUUUCACUAAACAAUGGUGAUAUUAUAUAUAAAUUGAUACAUUAGUUCUAUAACUUAUUCUCUAUAUGUAAAUAAAAAAUUUUC